UUGUUUUUUAGGGACCCUUUUGAUUAUGUUUCACUACGAAUACUUACACCAUCAAAUUAAUUUAUUCCCAACAGCUAGCAUUUCAUUGCGGGAGUGAAAUUUCCAAAGACAAAAAAGGCCUGCCUGUGUUGCAUUUCGCAAACAUUUGUUUAUGCUCUACUUUACAUAGUAAACAUGUGGUAAAGAAUGACGGAGUGAGGACGGGGGUUGGAUAAUUACAACAAACGUAGGAAGAGGAAGAGGAGAAGAAGAAUGAGGGUGAUUCAGAUUCUGACGGUGCUGGGGUAUGCCUUUUGCUUUGUUGGGUUCGUGUUGAGCGGAUCUGAACGUGGUUCUUUUGAGGAUUUCAAUGUCACAGAGUUGGAAAUAGAGACACAGAAGGAGGGUCUGCUUUCUUUCUUGGAGAAUGAUGCCGCAGCUUCAUCACCUUCCUUGUCCAAACCCCUCAUGGUCCCCUUGACUCUUAUUUAUGGAGCUGCUUCUAAAGGAGCCGUUUGCUUGGAUGGGACGCUGCCAGGUUACCAUCUGCAUCGGGGUCGCGGAUCUGGUGCAAACAGUUGGCUCAUUCAAUUAGAGGGAGGGGGAUGGUGUAAUACAAUAAGAAGCUGUGUUUACCGCAAAACUACUCGCCGCGGGUCAUCAAAAUUUAUGGAAAAACUGAUACCAUUCACGGGAAUAUUGAGCAAUAAAGCAGAAGAAAAUCCCGAUUUUUUCAACUGGAACAGGGUCAAGCUACGUUACUGUGAUGGGGCAUCUUUCAAUGGGGAUAGUCGGGAUGAGGCUGCACAACUCAAUUUUCGAGGACAGCGGAUUUGGUUAGCUGCUAUGGAAGACUUAAUGUCCAAGGGAAUGCAGAAUGCUAACCAGGCUCUUCUUUCUGGAUGCUCUGGGGGCCUAGCAUCCAUACUACACUGUGAUGAGUUUCGGGACUUGUUUCCACGAACUACCAAAGUGAAAUGUCUAAGUGAUGCUGGAUUGUUCCUCGAUGCAGUUGAUGUAUCUGGUGGGCGAACUUUAAGGAAUAUGUAUGGAGGUGUGGUUAACUUACAGGGAGUGCAAACGAAUCUGCCGAAUACUUGUACCAACCACCUGGAUCCAAUAUCGUGCUUCUUUCCUCAGAACUUGAUUGCGAAUGUUAAAACGCCAUUAUUUAUUCUAAAUGCAGCCUAUGAUGCAUGGCAGCUCCAAGAGAGCUUAGCUCCACGUUCAGCUGAUCCUCGUGGCUAUUGGAAUAACUGCAAAUUAAACCAUGCACUUUGUAGUUCAUCACAGAUCUAUUUUCUCCAAGGCUUUAGAAAUCAAAUGCUCAAUGCCGUUAGAGGUUUCUCAAGGUCCCGUCAAAAUGGAUUAUUCAUAAAUUCCUGUUUUGCUCAUUGCCAGUCUGAGAGGCAGGACACAUGGUUCGCUGACAACUCUCCCCUAAUUGCAAACAAGGGGAUUGCAGAGUCUGUUGGAGACUGGUAUUUUGAUCGAGUGGGUGUGAAAGCUAUUGACUGUGCAUACCCCUGUGACAACACAUGCCACAAUCUAGUUUUCAAGUGAGUGCGAGAUUAUUCAAUUUCUGCUCACGUCUUCUUAAUUUUCCCUGCAUCCUAUUUCUCAAUUGUGAAAUUGUAAAAUUCAUUUCAUUGAAAUUUGAAAUGAUAAAUUCAUGCUUGCCAAGGAGUGUAACUAUAAGAGCUAGCACAUUCUUGCUCAUCAUCUCUUUUGCAUAUAUUUAUGAAUGAGGUUCUGUUGUCUCA